GAUUCAAGAUUUAUAACAAGUUGGGAUUAUGUUUUGGUACGAUUUUAUGAUGUCUUGAGAUCGGGAUUUGGGUUUGGAUUUUGGGGAAGUGGCUGUCGGGGAAAUCCACCAAAUCCGUUGGAUCAUGCUAAAGA